AUGUCGUCCAACUCGGGUGUAGAACGCGAGGCCAAGUCCCUAGUCGAGAAGAUCAGGCGUCAACACAGCCUCGAAGGCCAUGACGAGCUCGCUAUUCAAGUUCAAGAAUUGCUCCAUCUAAUCGCAUCUGAAUUAUACAAUGUUUCGAAUGACUACGACGAAAAUGAACUAGUCGAGAAACUGAAAACAUUUGACCCUGCACUACUCGUAUUCUUGAAAAAAAUACAAAGGGUGACGGUGCGAGUACUUAUAGGGCCGGAGCAAUCCUAUGAAGAGAAUUUACAGAAGAUGACCACAUGUGAAAAUGGGAAUUUGCUCACGAUUCUUACCACAAGGAACAGUCAGAUGCAAUAUCUCACAAUCGGGUAUCAAGUUCAUGACUUUCCUAUAGAGCCUAGGCGACCAUUGCCACAUUAUUCAAUAGAACUUGCUUUCCCUCUCACGGAUCUCCCUAAGCAACCCCAGCCAAGCAGCCAUAAUGUUUAUGCAACGUUGCCUAUCAACGAUUACGGUCUAAGGUUCCUGGUGAAUGCAGACUUUCUGCUGACGGCGAAUCGGUCGCACAUUGAUGUUUCACUCCCUUGGAACCAGACACUUCGGGAUGGCCUAGCCCACGCGUUCGUUCAAGCAAUUGACAAUUUCAACGGAGGCUCAUUCAAAUAUUAUUGGCCUCACUUCAUCCCAAAUAGUGAUGUAACAUCCUUCUUUCAACCUUCUAGCCAUUCAAUUUUACGACAUCUACGCCAGAGGAAUGUCGUAGAGUCAUCGGCUGGGACACUAUGCACACCAGGAAGGCUAUUUUACACCAAAUACGUGGACGAUGAUGGUCGCCCAUUCACCCAUAACGAGAAAACAGAGAAUAAAUAUUUGUCGCCAAGCUAUCCGUCAUGGACAAUCCAUCCCCUUUUGAGCCUGGGUGUCCGCGAAUUGACCGACGAGUUGUUCUUAGAGGAUCUCGAAUCUAUGAUUUCCGCAUCCCCGGCAAGUUUUCAUGAUAAGCCUUCAGUAUGGCAUGCCAAACUCGCCAAAGCUCUCCUUUCCCUUAUAGAUCGCCAUAUAGAUGACAUAAGCGGGUGGGAGAGAAUAUUGUUACUUCCUAUCGUCCCUCUUUUGGGUGGGGGUUGGGCAGCCCCAAACUCACAUCCGGUCUUCUUCUCUAAAAAGUUCAACGCCACACGUUUCCCUGUCAGCACUGUUUUCAAAGUGGUCGACCCGGAAGCUGCAGCACAGCCCCAUCGUCGUAUGCUGUUUGAGAGGCUUUCCAUCUCAGAAGUUGACACACCCGCAAUGUGUCGUCAUAUUGCUGAUACACAUGCAUCAUCAUCGUUCAGACCUAAUGAGUUGAGUCAAGAGGAACUUAUUUCGCAUGCUAAAUUCUUAUUCGAAGCCUCGUGGCUACCGCCGGACGGCACCGAGGUGGAUUUGUGGUUUACUACGUCUGAUGGCGGUCGGUGCAAGGGGUCCCACCUAUAUAUCCGAGGGGACUUUUCGAAAACAUCGUCGGCAACCAGAGUUUAUGAUAAAUUAAGUGAGAAGUUCGCAGUUAUCCACGAAGAUUACAUUUUUACCCCAGACGUUGAGCUCCCGGGGUUCCGGGGCGACGAUCUGACCCGGUAUGCCGCACUCCAAAUAACCCAAAUAAAUCCGCAACGGGCUCGCCCCAAGAAUAAUGGCUUUAGCGCGUGGCUACUUGAAGAUAUUGGAGAUAAAGAUAUCGAACUACGUAGGGAGCUAUGGACCUUCGAUUGUAACCAAAUCGAGGGAUCGUCAUUGGAUGUCUACGGUGUGGAUGAUGGUUCCUCUUUUAAAGCCACGAAAACUUACCACCCUCAUCUUCGAGUAAUUGGAGACUACUUUUCUCAAUCUUCCGCCCAGAUUGGAAAAACUAUGAAAUCUUACCUCGUGAAGACACUACAUCUAUCGGACAUCCCGCGAUUAGUAUCUUUCCGAGGUGGUUAUUCAAAAUAUGUCUACCAUCUGUCUGAAGAGUUCAAGUUCCUUCUCCAAGAAUGCACCAUUUCGGACAUCAUUGAUCUUCUUCAUUCCCACUGGAAGAGUUACUCGCCCUGGAUUGAGCUAGAUGUAUCCACAACCCAGAACGAGGAAGCGGUACGUUCGAAUGCGUCUCUUAUCAGAGACAUCGGGGCAAGUAUUGUACAGACGGUUCAUGGGUUUUCGCCUCUGUCUAAAACCGUCCUUCCGAAGCUCGAUAGUAGGAUCGACGAGCUUGAACUUCCGAUUCCUUCUCUAGACAUCUCAAACUCCGAGGACAAGACCCUACGCCGCAGACUAGCUUGUUUCGGUAUCAAGGUAGAGAAUGAUGUAUGGUAUUAUAUUAGGUGUCUGGAAUCGAUCUGUCAAAACCAAGGCUCACCAGAAUACGAAACUAUUUCCUACAUUUAUGAACAAAUUCAGUCUCGCUAUGAUAAUCACGAGUCAGCAGUGGACGAUGCAUUUAACAAGUGUCGGUUAAUAUAUGAUACGAACUCGAAGUCCUGGCUUAAUGCCACAGAAUGUGCACAGAGGAGGACAAAUAUCAGGAACAUAUAUCCCACAAGCAAAGAUCUCUUCCUUGGGAUAAUGGGUCACGGUGACCGCCGUGUCGGGGCCCUGGCCAUAAAAGCGAGAUCAAUUAAGCAGUCGUCAACAUUAUCAGACAUUUUAGGCAUCUUCGCCGAUAUCAACGAGAGUUUAGGGGAUACGAGUCCCUCGAAGGCUAGGAAGCUAUUGAAAACGAUCCGUAGUAAGGCGAUCUUCCCGAUCAGGGAGAAGCCAAACCACAAUGGCUUCGACAAACUUUUGACCCGCAAUGAUUCUUGGUUCAUCGCCGAUCGGCCUGAUCUAGCAAAAAGUUUCGAUGGCAAAAUUCCACUUCUAGCGUUGCACGCCCAAGACAUUUCUACUUUGGAGCAUUUUCUCGAAGCUUGGCAACUAAAUUCUCUUAGGCUAUCGAAACUCGCCACGAUGAAAUCGGAGUUAUUAGGCGGUUUUGUAGUAUCUCAUCGAGAAACUGAUUUCAUCCGAAAUCGUUCUGUUUUUCUACGAGUGCUGGUUCCCAAAUCUAAUCCCCAUCACGACGCGAUAAAGUAUCAGUUAGAAAACGUAACCGUUAUUAGAGUUAAACAAAUUUCGCGAGCGUACGCAUUCCAGUACAAAAAUGAACCUGAGCAUAUUGGGAGUCCGGUUCCGGGUGAAUUUGCCAUUUCGCCAAAACAAGAACAUGAGCUGAGGAUAUUCACAACUCAGAAGCGAAGCAUUUCUCGACUAGCACCUCUCAAACUUGUGGAUUUACUCGCAGCCCAUUGCGGCAUUAAUGACCCUAUAGCUCGGUGUCUUUUAUCUAUUGCGCUCAGCGACCCUGAUAUUGAUCGAGUUCAAGCCCGUUUCGGAGUCGAAGGCUAUCAUAUUAAGACAAUAUGUAUAUACCCCACUAGAUUCCAACGUAGAAAUACUAAUUUUAUAACUUCUUAUCAUUCCGACAGAUCUGUGCCGGUGAUGCAAGUUGUAGACCUUCAUAUGAAGCAGCCAGAAGAUCCUAUACGCCCCUUAGGUGUGAGCUUUCGAGGACCCCAAUUGGAUCCAUGCAGGCAUCUCGAGUACCUUGGAGAGCAUAUGGGCUCUCUAUUUUUUACGCACGUUAUGGGGACAGCCUACAACCCGCUUCGCCAUUGGACCAGUGACCUUCGGACCAGAGCCGGCCUGCCGCCUUUUGCUAACAAAGAUGUAUCACCGUUCACUAUGAGAGAUCCAGCCAUAUCAAAAGCUAUGACACAGCAUCUUAUCAGCCUUGGUCACGAAAAACUAGCGCAAUGGAAUUGCAGUUUUCUGGUAUAUCAUCUGGAAAUUGCAGCCUCUGGUGGCGAUAGAAACUCCUCUUUCGUUUGGAGCUCGUCCCAAAUCAGGAGGAUACAAAGAUUCCAGAUUGCUAGAUCUGUUCAAUCCAAAAUGCCUGCUUGCAGAACCUCGGAGGACGUAUUAGUCCUCGUGCGAAUUACGGGCAUUUAUACAAACCCGAGAUUUUAUUUCAUUAUUGAUCCAUGGGAACUCCUUAUAUUUAACCGUUUAGUCCUACAGGACGGGUUCAGGUUCGAAGCUUCCAUUGACGAUCCCCGGGAGACUCAAUUCUACCCUGGACAGGUAUCGACCAGCCGAUAUCAACAAUUAUGGGCAGAUGCGGAAAGAGUCGUAACAAUGCCCAGGAAGGAACCUGUUACAAAUAAUCUAGUCAAAUAUAAUCGCCCAUAUACUUACGGGUACAUAGGCGCUAAGGAACUACGGUUACUCAUACUAUUCCCUGGCAAGAAGCACGACCCCCUUCAAGGAACUAUUUUCACAUGCCCUUGGACCGAUCUCACGGAAGCCGGUCCGUAUAGAACGCUUUCAUAUGAGUGGGGUCCAGACCAACAAUCAAAACAGUAUCUAUCCACACAUGAGGGUAUUGUCACCUUAAGGGAAAGUUUGUACAUUGCUCUUACGCACAUACGCCAAGAGGAAAACCCCCUAAUCCUCUGGAUCGAUGCUAUUUGCUUCAACCAAGAGGAAGCAGCAGAAAAAGCACAACAAAUCCUGCUUCUGCCAAAAAUAUUUCAAAACGCAGCACGGACUUUGGCAUUUUUCGGCGCGGGCGAACGCUUCGAUGAAGCCAUUAAGACAUUACUGCAGAUCAAGGCUAAGGAUUUAUACGGGACCGACUAUAGGAAGUGGCCAAAAAGCGUGCCCCCAAUUGCUGCCCUCUGGGAAGACAGCCCCACACCACAUUUGGACGAUAUGAUUUGGAUAAACAUUAAGCACUCCUUCGAUCACACGUGGUUUCGACGCGUGUGGAUAGUACAGGAGGCAGUUGUUGCACCUACCGUUAGUAUCGUAUGUGGAAAGUGGAUAGUUGACUGGAAUGAAAUCCACGCCGCCAUGAUGGUCGUACAGCGAGAAGUAACGCCUGAGGAGGAUAUUUCUAAUUCUUGGGAGCCUUUUAUGACUCUUUCAAAUAUGCGGGGGUGGGAAGCUCGCGGAUCCCGCUGGAACUUAAUGGCGCUUUUGAACACGUUUUCUUAUGUCAAUUCGACUCUGAAAUGUGACCGUUUCUUUGCUUUUCUAGGUCUGGCUUCAGACGGAGAUCGCGGGGCGUUUCGGCCAGAUUAUAGGCACGAAACUACCUUCAAAGAAAUUGCUUGCAGGUUCGGGGAAGCCUUCGUUGACCAAGGUUAUGGCUUGCAACUGCUCUAUCGAGCCGGGCUGGGUCCACAAACUGAACCCCUUCCUUCUUGGCUUCCGGAUUUAACAAAGCCAAAAAUCAAUGGCCUUACUGAUCUUCGUGAACAAGGAGCUAAGUAUAAAGCUUCGGCAGACCUACAUGGUGAUAUACGAUGCUUAUCGCCGUAUUUAUUAACCGCACGGGGCUAUCUCGUAGAUGAGAUCGAACAGAUUAGCAGGUCGAAUUCCGGAACCGUGAAGGCGCGCUUAAAAUAUUUCCAACAACUCGAAUCGAUGGUCGAUGAAGUAGCUGAAAAUUACCCCCCUGACCGCCGAGAGGGGUUGAAAUGGAAGGUACCCAUUGCUGGUGCAAUGUAUCCCAAGGUUGCUGUCUCGGGGGAAAUUGAUAUUGUCGGGUCAUACCAAGCGUUCCGACAACAGCUGAGGAAAGAUGGAUUCAAGAGAAAGAAAGACAAAAACUAA